AAGGCGGAAGUUAACUGGAGGGAUACAUCUUACCGGAUAUUAGGUCGUAGUCCCCACCCGGAAGCAGAAUAAAGGAGGUCAUUUCUUACAGCAACAACGUGCUAGUACCGAAACAUAAUAAAAGUGACGUAUCUGUGACAGGAUGACGUCAUUAGCUCAUCAGCUGAAGCGGCUGGCGCUGCCUCAGAAUGACUCCUCCCUUCUGAGCUGCAGAAAUGUCGCCUCGCUGCUCUUUGACCCUAAAGAUGCCGCAACUAUGGACAGAAGCACCUUCUACGCCCUGGGCUGCACCGGGCUAGAGGAGCUGAUGGGAAUCGAACCUUCCUUCCAGGAGUUCCAGGACUCUCUUUUCAGUCGAGCGUCUCUGACUCUGGAGCGCAGCGUCCAGUCCAAAGAGGUCAACCAGAAACUGGAUGAAGACAUUUCUCUUUUCCUGUGCCGUCUGUCUCCGUACUUCCUGCUCAAACCUGCUCACAAGUGCCUCGAGUGGCUGCUGCACCGUUUCCACUUACAGCUGUAUAACGUGGACCAACUCAUGGCCUGCGUCCUGCCCUACUACGACACCAACAUCUUCGUCAGAGUCCUGCAGCUGCUGAAGAUCAGUGCACCCACUAACCGCUGGAACUGGCUGCAAUGUCUGCAGAAACCAGGUGUCCCCUUGUCCAGGACCACCCUGGUCACUCACUGCUACUCUGACCUGAGCUUCAUGGACUUCAUCUGCUCCAUGGUGACCAGGAGUAUCCAGGCCUUCUCUGGACUCUCGGGGAGUUGCUCCCAGCUCAGAGUCAUCUUCUCCUUCUAUGCCUCCACUAUCGUCUCUGCUCUGGAGGCCAUGGACAAAGUGUCUGAGUCUGUCGUCUCCAAACUGCUGCCGUAUGUCCAGAGGGGUCUGAAGUCCACGCUGACGGACUACAAAGCUGCCACCUACAUGAUCGUGUGUCAGCUGGCGGUGAAGGUGGUGAUGGAGGCGGGGCUGGUGGACAGUCUGGCCGUCCACAUCAGCAGGUCUCUGCUCAAGGAGCCUGUCCUGGCCAAGGAGGGUCUGGGCUCUUUGGUGGUCCUACUGCAGAACCAGACAGAGGGCGCUGCUGGACACAAAGCCUUCAGCCGCCUCUGCUCCAUGACCGAGCUCGUGUCCACUCUGGAGGACAUGGCAGCGCAUUAUGACGUGUCUCCCCUGCUGCGCCACCUGGUGCCCUACCUGGUCCAGCAGAUCUUUGUCAGCCAAUCAGGUGAUGAGACAGAGACAGACAAACUCCAUGUCCUGGAGUCCCUCCUGAAGACGGUUCCUCUCACCAAAGGACUGGACCAGACUGUGGCCCGUUUGCUGUUGGACCAGUAUCUGAGUCAGACCAUGUCCUCUAAUGAGGAGGUCUCAGCCCUGGACCAGCGUCUGCUGCCUCUGGUCCAGCUUUUUGAGUCCAGAUACUGUGCGGCUCUGGACAGCGUCCUCUCUGGUCAUGUGACCGACCUGAGCAGCUCCAGUGAGCAGAAACAUCUCUUCCACCGUUUCCUGUCCUUGUCUGUGAGCAGUGGAAAGUUCCAGAUCCUGGGGGACUCGGACACAUCUCUUUUCCUCAGCCUCAAACACCCGCUGUCUUCAGUCCGAGUGUCGGCGGUGGAACAUCUGAUGGACGUGGUCACGUCUGGACAGGAGCAGCAGAGUCUGGACCAGGUCUUCCUCAGAGAUGCUGUGAUGGACUGUCUGAAGGACGACGUCCCUGAGGUGGUGUCUGCUGCUCUGAAGGUCGUGGAGGUCUUGUUUGAUGAUUUGGACCCUGAAGACAUAGUGUCCUCUCUGCUGUCUCUGCUGUCCACAGCGGAGCUGACAGCAAACAAGCAGUGGCUGCCUGUGCUGACUGAAGCGGUGCGUUUACUGUCCGACCCUCGGUUGGAGAAAGGUGACACGGAGCGGCUGCAGAGAGCGGGCUGGAAACUGCUCCCCCUCCUGGUCGUAACCAGCACUCGGCUGGAGUCUGCUGAGCUCAGCUUCACUUUCUGUGUCGCCCGAUCCCGUGUCAUCGCCAAACACCCGCUCACCCUAAACUGGGCCAAAGAGCUGGACACCAUGAUGAAGAAACACUCUGGUGCUGACCUUGUGGGUUUGGUCAACGAGCAUCUGGUCCUCACUUUGACCAAGAACCUGUCCAACAUGGACCAUUUCUCCAAACGGGAGAUGCUGGAGAAGCUGGCCCUGUUGGUGGAGCAGCAGCAGAACUCCAACCCCAGGGAGCGAGCCUCCGUCCUGGUCCUGGCCCGCAUCCUGCUGCUCAGUCUGGACCAGCUCAGAGAGACCCUGCACUUCCUGAUGGCUCAGAGGGUCUUCACGCUGCUGGAGCGCCCUCUGCUGGACUUCAUCACCAGAGACAAUGGACAGGGAUCUCAGUGUCCCGUGUCUGUUCCCUCUUCCUUCGCCGACUCUUUGACCCUGUUCCUAAGCGAGUGCGAGCGUCGCUGGGGUCCUGGAGACCACGUGGACCUGGAGUUCAGCUUGGCUCUGAUGUCUCUGCUGAAAGACUUCAUCUCCUCCAUGAAAUGUCAUGACGCAUCCUUCAAAGGCGACACCUGGUGGAACCCUGAGAAGAUGGACACCAACACCUGUCUGUACCUGGGCCUGAUGUGUCGUGUCUUCAGUAUGGUCAUCAGUGGUGCAGCAGAAGGUCCAGCAGCGGGCAGGUUCAGGAUCUUGAUGAAACUCUUUGUCCAGCUCCACCUGCAGGAGCCGCUGUAUCUCUUUAGGUUCCUGUGUCUGCUGUGGGGAUACGGCAGUAACCAGGGGGACCAGCUGGACCUGAAGGUCAGUGCUGUCCUCCAGACCCGAGCCCUGUACGUAGGUCAGGUGCUGCUGGGCGUGCAGUCCACUGCUGCCCUGCAGGAGCUGACGGCUGCAGACUCACCAGUGGUCCCCUCACUCCUCUGCUGUCUGACGUCUCCACUGCGUGAAGUACGGAGGGCGGCGCUGGCUGCUCUGCAAACCCUCUCAGGAGCCGGGGUCUCGCUCUACCAGCCUAUCAUGGAGAAGCUGAUGAUGACAUCAGAGGAGGUCCUGGCCGACCCAGCGUACCUGAGCUUGGCCCUCUCCGUCCUCCACGAUGAGUCGUCCUCGUCUACAGUGAAGAAGCGGCGGGAGGCGCUGCAGACGUCUCUGCAGCAGCUGCUGAGGAGCGUCCAGGCGCCCGGCUGUCCGUCGUACACCGCCGCCAUCCUGCUGCGAGCGCUCAGCAACGUGAACGGAGAGUCUGUCCUCCUGGCUCUGCUCCCUGUUCUGGAUCGGCUCCUGGAGCAGAGCACCCUGGACACGCCGGUGCGGCUGCUGCGCUCCGAGGCUCAGCUCCUGCAGCUGGUCGUCACCAAGUUCAACGAGGCGUCAGCGGCCGUGUUGGCCAGGGACUCCACCUGUCUCGACCUGUUCGUCAGAGCGCUGAGGAGCUCCCUGCAGCCACACCCUGAUGUCCCCAGCUGUCAGAUCAGUGCCCUGGAGCAGAUCACCAAGUCCUUCUUCCUGGCCAUUGAGAAUGAGACGGUGCAACAGCAGUUGCUGAAGGUGAUGUUUGAUCUGCUGCUGGAGAACACGAGCCCCCUAGUGGCCAACACCAUCAGCAGUGUCUUUAAAAGGAUCAGCGUGGACGCUCAGCUCGUGGCCAAUGAGAUUUCUCCCCCUGAGAAAAAGACAGUGGGUGUGACUGUGCAGCAGACCAGACGCAGCAAAAUGUCUCUAAGGAAACCCCAGGACAGUGUGGUGGUUAUUCCAGAUGAGGGCGCUGUUCCAUGGCAGAGAGUUACCCUGAUCCUGGAGCUGCUGCAGCACAAGAAGAAGCUGAAGAGGGCGGAGACUCUGGUUCCUGCGCUGUUCUCGCUGCUCUCCAGGAGUCUGGAGUCGAGCUCAGCCAAUGACAACACCAACAUUGAGUACACCAAGCAGCUGCUGCUCAGCUGUCUGCACAACAUCUGCAACAAGGUGGCGCCAGAGGGAGGCCCAGUGGAGCAGGAUGUUCUGAAGGAGGACAAGUUCAGCGUGGAGCUGGUGGUUCAGUGCAUCAGAACCUCCGACGUCCCACAAACGCACCACCACGCUCUGCUGCUGCUCGGCACCACGGCGGCCAUCUUCCCUGAGAAAGUUCUGCACAACAUCAUGCCCAUCUUCACCUUCAUGGGGGCAAACAUCCUGCGUCUGGACGACGCCUACAGCUUCAGAGUCAUCGAUAAGACGGUUCAGAUGGUCAUACCAGCGCUCAUCAAGGCCCACCAGCUCCCCGACGGUCAGUCUUCAGCUCACAUCUUGGUCGUGGUGACCAGGAUCAUGCACGUGUUCGCCGACGCGCUCCCUCAUGUGCCCGACCACCGACGUCUGCCCGUCCUCACGCAGCUGGUCACCACGAUGGGCCCCGCCCACUUCCUGUGGGUCCUGAUGCUUCUUCUGUUCAAGCUGCGUGUCCUGCACACAGCCGGCUUCUCCAGUGAGAAGGACGGAGCUCUGGACCAGAAUGUGGACUUCUGGAUUUCCCUCUGUGGUCAGUUUGAGGUCUCUGACAUCAUCACCACCGUCAUCAACAUCCUGAAGUUCCAGCAGAAGCUGCCUCAUGACAAGGAUGACGCUUCACUCAAACCCAGCACCCGAGGCCGAGGAGCCAAGAAGAAGAAGGAGGCGGAAGAGACGGCCGAGGAGCUGAUCUUCGACAUGGACACUCACAGCAGCAAAGAGCUGCGACACUUCAACUUCCUCUCCGUGUCCUUCACCGCUCAGCUGCUCGGCUCCAACACCUUCAUUGCCAAGGUUUCUGACUGUGGAGAUGUUGUGGACCAGUCUCUGCAGCAGAAGCUGUUAGAGGAAGUCCUCCGUUACAUCCACACCGUGGCCCGGGCUGUGGAGCAGAACGCUGACAAACCCACAGCAAAGUUCUGGAGAGUUCUACUGAACAAAGGCUACGAGGUUCUGGACAAGGUCAACGCCUUGUUACCCACUGACACCUUCAUCACCGUGGUGAGGGGGCUGAUGGGUAACGAGCUGGCGUCCGUGCGCAGGAAGGCGAUGGAGCUGCUGAACAACAAACUCCACCACAGGACACGGUGGGACGAGCAGCAGGUCUCCCUGCUCCUGCAGCUGACCUCUGACCUGCUGACCAUCGUGGGUAAAGGUCCUGGCCAGGAGAAGAUGGAGGAGAAGGAGGAGCUGGACAUCAACCGACAGACGGCGCUCUACAGCCUCAAACUCCUGUGCCGCAAUUUUGGCUCUGACAGCAAGGAGGUGUUUGUCCCUGUGCUCCUGAAGACCCUGGACAUCGUGGAGUCAGAGGCGGAGGAGAAGAACGUCAUGGGCAGCGCUCUGCUCUGUGCUGCGGAGGUGGUGGCUGCUCUGAAGGCUCUGGCCAUCCCUCACCUGCCAAGGUUGAUGCCUGCUGUCCUCCGUGCAGUGAAGAACAGGAAGGACCUGCUGACGUCCAGCGACAUCUACCUGCUGAGCGUGGUCAGUUCUCUCCAGAAGGUCACAGAGACGCUGCCACACUUCAUCAGUCCAUACCUGCAGGACGUCACCCAGCAGGUGUGUCUUCUGUCUCGCCUGGCGGACAAGUCCUUGUCCUUCUCUCCGUCCCCGUCUUCUGAGCAGCUGUGUCUCCGUCUGGCUGCACUCAGAAAAAAUCUGGCCAAUCAGAUUCCUCCUAGAGUCCUGCUGCCCGCCCUCUGCAGCAGCUACACCACCAUGGUCCUGGACAAGAAGGCUCAGCUGGGGGCGCUGAUGAGCAUCCUGAAGGAACACAUCGCUCACAUGGAGAGAGAGCAGCUGACGGUCCACCAAUCAGAGCUCACCUCCUUCUUCCUCACAGCCCUGGACUACAGAGCGCGACACUGUCAGGAUGACCUGGAGAAGGCGUCGGAGACAGAGGGUCAUGUGAUCGACUGUCUGCUGUCCAUGGUGAUGAAACUGUCCGAGGGCUCGUUCAGACCGCCCUUCAAGCUCUUCGACUGGAGUAAAUCCGACAGCAGCGAACGUCUGCUAACCUUCUACCGUCUGACUGACCGCAUCGCAGAACGACUCAAGGGACUGUUUGUCCUGUUUGCAGGGAACCUGGUCAAAGCCUUCUCUGACCUGCUGAGACAGAACCACAGCUCCUCCACAGACCAGCCUCUGUUGGACAGAGAAGACAAACGUUGUCUGCUGCUGGACUACGUCCUAGACUGUCUCCACAAGAUCUUCCUGUAUGACACACACAGGUUCCUCAGCAAAGAGAGAGCCGAUGCUCUCAUGCUGCCUCUAGUGGAGCAGCUGGAAAACACGUUGGGUGGUGCCGAGGUCUACCAGCAGAGGGUGCUCAAACACCUGGUCCCGUGUCUGGGUCAGUUCUCUGUGGCUCUGAAUGACGACUCCCUGUGGAAAACUCUCAACUAUCAGAUCCUGCUCAAAACCAGACACACAGACUCACGGGUGCGCUACUCGGCUCUGGUCAUGCUAAUGGAGUUAGCGUCUAAGCUAAAGGAGAACUACAUGGUUCUGCUGCCAGAGACGAUUCCCUUCCUGGCUGAACUGAUGGAGGAUGAGUGUGAAGAGGUGGAGCAGCAGGUCCAUAAGGUGGUCCAGGAGAUGGAGAACAUCCUGGGAGAACCACUGCAGAGCUACUUCUAACACGUGCACACUCCCACGUGCACACUAAAACACACACUGAUCUGUCGUUUCAUAUAGGUUCAAUAUUAGAAAAUAAAAUAUUUUAAAAAAUC